UCCACCUGUUAAGUAGGAGAACCACAUUCCAGUCUUUACCCAGAGCAAAUACGAUAACCACAUGCUGGAAAACUUCCGUCUUUCUCAUUUUGAGUUUACAGCAACAGACAUUUGACUUCACCAGAAAUCACCAGCAUGGCAGGAAUGCUUGGAAAAUGGACAGAGAUAAAACCGGCCACAGAAGAAACUCAGGAGAUCUGUGACAUGCUGAAGAGCGACGCAGAGAAAAAGUGGACCAAACAGAGCUAUGAAAUAUUUAAGGCCAUUGAAUACAGGGAACAACCAAUGGCAGGAACAAACUUUCUCAUCAAGGUUCAUGCAGGAGGAAGUGAAUACCUCCAUAUUUAUGCCUUCCAAAGCUCUCCAACAAGGGGAGAGAUUAAAACUUUACUGAAGAGGGUAGAAAAACACGAAGAAGGAGAUCCUCUGGAGCCCAUCAGACCUUUGGACUGAUGAGAAAACACAACUUCACCCCGGCAGCCUUACAGCAAAAUGCACUGCUGUGUUAUAUGAAAGAGCAUGUUGGGAUGGCUUAAGUUUGACUGUUUCUGUCAGUAUAUUAGUGGUUGUUUGAUACAGCUAUUUUGCAGUAUGACUACCUUACUGAUUGCAUUAAUAUGUUGAAAAUGUACUAACAUCUAUUAAAUAUAGCUAUAACUGCCCAAAAGACUUUUUAUUUUAUAAAAAGACCUCAUAUCUAAACUUAAUAUAAGAAAAAGGAUAAAAACAAACAAAAAACAAGAAGCACAGUGUGUUCACUAUGUAGGCAUAUUUUAAGAAUAUCUUGAUCCAAUCUCAAAAAGCACUCCCAGGUCCUGAUCAAAGCUUUUUAAAAAUAAUAUAUCAGAUGAAACUCGACUCCUGAAAAUUGGUGGAAUUUGUUUUAGAUGAACUGCAACCCUACUUUGCAGCCUCUCACAACAAGAACAAAAAAUAACUCUCCAAGGCUUGUUUUGGUGCCUCAAGACAGUUUAGGCAACAUCUUGAAAUGAUUAGAAUCAGAAAUUCUGAAAUGAUUAGAAUAGAAAUGAUAGAAAUUCUGUUCUCUAUCAGAGAAGGAUCGUGUCUGACCAGCAGUUUGAAACUGAAGCAAGUUAUGCAGCAAGACAAGUGAUUCAAAACACAACUGCAUGCUCAUCUUUGAACUUCAACAAAAUUAAGGUUUUGCUAAACUUAGACCAAGUCAAGGCUUGAAUCUAAUUGCCUUUCUGUGGCAUGACCUUAAAAGCACAAUGUGAACGACUAAUUGCCUUUAUUUGUUCACUCUUUAUGGCAAUUGUUGCUACCAAGGGGGCCUCAACUGUUUAUUAGGUUUAGUGGGAAAUUCAGUUUCACACAGGGUCAGGUUGAUAUGACUAAAAUGUGAGGCAAAAAAGAAAAGAAACCUAUGAGGGUGCAAAUACUUUUUUGCAGCACCAAAUAUUAGAGAUAAGCUUUGUAAUAAAUCAGAAUAAACUUUUAACCUUAUUUUGGGUUGUUGUGAUGUUCAUUUUGAAAGAGCUGUAAUGUCUUAUAUAAAAUAUCUAAAUAUACUAAGUAAAGAUCUAUCUCAUGUUGAGAGAUAGAUCUUAAACAAUAAAGAUGUCUAAUGAU